AUGGCAUCCGAUGGUUCCCCCGUUGGUCAACUAAGUACUGGACCCAUCCAUCACAUAAGGUACCGUACAGGAAGGUUCACCGCGGAAGAAGACCAAUUGCUUGUAGAUUUAUAUAAUCAACAUGUGGAGAGUCACAAGCAUAACAUCUUCGCCGUGAUAGAGCCGUUGAUGCUCAGAAAUUCAAAGUCUUUGAGAGAAAGGUUCUGUAAUCACCUGGCUCCCGAUAUCGACCAUUCCGAGUUAAAUGAUGAAGAAAAAUCGUUCAUUGACGAAGAACAGGAAAAAUGUAAGGCCCCCUCGACGCCUUUUUCGGAAAUCGCGAGGAGUCUAAGCGAAAGGAACAAAAAAUUGUAUAAGGGAACUAGGAGUAACUAUCGUCGCACUGAUUUGGUGGUUAGAAACUAUCUCGCACCAAGGAUUCGUAAAAGGAGAGAAAGCGCCGAAAGGAUCCGUAGAAUUAUGCACAUUGAAAGCCUACUAGACGAAAAUCGGCCCAAGCAGGUUUAA